CAGCAUUUCUUGUCGACGUGGGAAGGGAGGGAUUCGGACACAAACAAAUGUGCACGGGUUUGAUGUCGGGCUACGUUACCGAUAACCGUGACAUGUCAGGUGGAUUUGAUAGAUAACUCCAUGACCUUUCAAACAUGUGGCUCAAACCGGAUGAGAUUCUGCUGAAAAACGCGUUUAAAUUAUGGGUCACCGAGAAGGAUAACGAGUAUUUCGUACUGCAAAGGAGACGAGGGUACGGAGAAGGUGGAGGCGGUCUGACAGGCCUCCUUGUGGGAACUCUGGACACUGUGUUGGACUCCACAUCCAAAGUUGCUCCCUACCGCAUUCUGCACCACACACCAGACUCACAAGUGUAUUGGUCCAUAGCAUGCGGUGUCACCAAAGAGGAGAUUGUUGAGCACUGGGAAUGGCUGCAGCAGAACAUCAUGAGGACUCUCUCUGUAUUUGACUCCAGCGAAGACAUCACCAGCUUUGUACAGGGCAAGAUUAGAGGUCUUAUUGCUGAGGAAGGGAAGACAUCUCUGGUUCUGGAGGAAGAUCCCGAGAAGUUCCGUGAAGCACUUCUGAGGUUUGAGAAGUGGUUUGAGCUGCCUUCGGAGGAAAAGCUGGUCACAUAUUACUCAUGCAGCUACUGGAGAGGCAAAGUUCCCUGCCAGGGCUGGCUCUACCUCAGCACCAACUUCCUGUGCUUCUAUUCAUAUCUGCUGGGAGCUGAAGUGAAACUGAUCAUCUCCUGGGAUGAGAUAUGGAGGCUGGAGAAAACCUCCAACGUUAUCCUGACUGAGAGUAUCCAUGUCUUGGCUCAUGGGGAGGACCACUACUUUUCCAUGCUGCUGCACCUUAAUGAAACAUUUAUUAUCAUGGAACAGUUGGCUGACUACUCCAUCAAGCGCCUUUUUGAUAAAGAGGCCUUCCAGAGAGAGCCGGCGCUUUCCGACCCCCUGCAAAUUACCAAGAGAGGCCUAGAAGCUCAUGCAAAGAGUGAGCAGUUCCGGACGUUUUUCAGGCUUCCAAAAGAGGAAAACCUGUUAGAGGUGCACGAGAGCUUCCUGUGGGUGCCCUUCAGCCAUUUUAACACACUCGGCAAGAUCUGUCUGUCCGAGAACUACCUGUGUUUCGCCAGCCAAGAUGGAAGCCAGUGCCAUACCAUCAUUCCAAUGCGAGAGGUUGUUAAUGUUGAGAAGCCUGACUCCAGCAGCAGGGCUAUAACGGUGUGUGUGCGUGGCAAGAGGGCGCUGCGUUUCUCUGAGGUGCGGGACUACCAGAGGCUUGCCAACACAAUCCGUAGCAGGUGUGGGAUUAGUGCCAGCCCUCAGCACUCUGCAUCAUCAGAGACCAUACGAGGCGAGUGCCAGUCGCUCAUCAACCACUUCGAGGACAACCCAGAGGACGUAACACUGAUGGUGGGACAGAAAGGCAGCAGCAAGGCUGUGAGCACUGAGGCUCUCAUGACUGUUUUCCACCCCCAGGAUGUUGAAAACCUUGACCCCAAAAUGCUCAAGGAGAAGAUGAAGGAACAGUCUUGGAACAUCCAUUUCUCUGAGUAUGGACGUGGCACGAGCAUGUUCUUCACCAGGAAGACUCGAGACUUGAUCGUUCGUGGUGUCCCUGAGGCUUUGAGAGGAGAGCUGUGGAUGCUUUUCUCAGGAGCUGUGAAUGACAUGGCCACUCACCCCGGCUAUUACACUGAUCUGGUCGAACAGUCUCUGGGCACAAGCACUUUGGCUACAGACGAGAUUGAGAGAGACUUGCACCGCUCUCUGCCAGACCACCCUGCCUUUCAGAGUGACACAGGAAUCUCAGCUCUACGCAGAGUCCUUACUGCCUACGCAUACAGGAACCCUAAAAUUGGCUACUGCCAGGCCAUGAACAUUCUCACUUCAGUUCUCCUGCUUUACGCGAAAGAAGAGGAGGCUUUCUGGCUUUUAGUGGCCGUCUGUGAGAGGAUGUUGCCAGAUUACUUUAACCGCCGAAUUAUUGGUGCUCUGGUCGACCAGGCGGUGUUUGAGGAUCUGAUUCGAGAAAACCUCCCCCAGCUGGUGGAGCACAUGACAGACCUGAGUUUCUUCUCGUCCGUGUCCUUGUCCUGGUUCCUCACUCUCUUCAUCAGUGUCCUGCCAAUAGAGAGCGCUGUGAACGUGGUAGACUGUUUUUUCUACGACGGCAUAAAGGCCAUUCUUCAGCUUGGCCUGGCAGUGCUGGACUACAACAUGGAGGCGCUGAUCAGCUGCCAUGACGAUGCAGAGGCCGUCACCAUCCUCAACAAAUUCUUUGACAGUGUGACAAACAAAGACAGUCCCUUGCCUCCAACAGUGCAGCAAGCUUCAGUCAGCAAUAAUGAUAAGGCAUCUCACUUCAAUGUGGAUAUCAGUGAGCUGAUCCGAGAGGCCUACGAGAAAUAUGGAAAUAUCCGUUCAGAGGAAGUCGAGAGUUCACGGAAAAGAAACAAACUGCAUGUGAUCCAGACACUGGAGGAUACAACCAAACAAAAUGUGAUUCGGGUGGUGUCCCAAGAAGUCAGACUCAAUGCCUCACAUCUUGAUGAGCUUUAUAACUUGUUCAAACGGCAGCAUUUCCUCUCUUGCUACUGGACAAUGAAGAGCCCGGCUCUGCUCCAUCACGACCCCAGCCUGGCCUAUUUGGAGCAGUACCAGUUGGGUUUCCAACAGUUCAGCGUGCUCUUCUCCCUGCUGGAGCCCUGGGCUUUCUGCACCACCAAGAGCACACUCUCCCUCUGGGUCUUCCGCCUGAUAGACGAGAACCAGGACGGCCUCAUCAACUUUAAAGAGUUCUGCUGUGCGCUUGAUACUUUGUACAGUGGAUCAUUCACAAAUAAGCUGAAAUUCCUCUUCAAGCUGCACCUUCCACCAGCUUUCACAGGUAGUCCUGUGCACUUAAAGGAACAAAGAAUCCAGCACUUUAUUCCAGUGACUGAAGACUCUUCUCACUUGAGUAGACUCACUGCAUUUGAUCUACCAGAAGAUGGUGUGAUAAGAAAAAGCCCUGAGAGAGGUAGAGGAAAAGUGGACCUGCAGGCCUACCUGAAACAAUGGCAAAAUGAAAUACUUAAGAAAGAGGAAACCAUCAAGGACCUGCCCCGAAUUAAUCAGACUCAGUUCAUCCAGUUUUCCAAGACCCUGUACAACAUCUUUCAUGGCGAUCCAGAGGAGGAGUCUCUGUACCGAGCCGUGGCUCAUGUGACCAGCCUUCUCCUGAGAAUGGAAGAGGUGGGACGGAGGCUGCAGGAGCCGAGCAGCCCGCCAGAGUCCACAGAGUCUGCCAACACUGAUGAUGCUGAUGCUGCUGCUGCUGCUGCUGCUGCUGCUGCUGCUGCUGCAGAGUCUUCACCAGAAGAAGCUUCUGCCAGCCCGGAGAGCUCCGACACUACCAGCUCCAAUACCAGUCAGGAUGCAGUGUCCGACCUCACAGAGAUGGAGUGGUCGUUUUCAUUUGAACAGGUCCUUGCUUCUCUGCUCAACGAGCCGACCAUAGUCAGCUUCUUUGAUCGGCCCGUCGACGUUCACACUAAACUGGGACAAGCUAAGGUUGCCCAGCUGAAGCUAAAGGCGAACAAGUGAAAAGAACACAUGCUUUGCUUCUGAUUCAAACCCAGAAGUCACCAUUAAUUUCCUUUCUCCACUCGGAUAGGGCAGCGAUUUUUGGGCGAGGCACACAGUGAGAUUACUGCUAAGGUAAUAUCAUAAAUGAAGAGGAGCGUCAGAUGUUAAAAUCUGGGGUGCAAUGUGCGUGUGUGUGGGGCUCUGAUGUUCGGCAACGAUGGCUGAUGAAACUAAUAAGGCACAACAUCUCUAAGACACUGUCUGACACCUUCAGUGCAUUUUCAUGUUAGACCUCUUUGCAGACAUACUGUAGGCUGUUCCUCAGAUCUGAUUAUGCAUUUUUAAACUAGGUGAUGAAAUGUAUUCUCUCAUGUAGCCUCAGAUUUUAAGUUUAAAAUAUUUUUCCCCAUAUGCCAUGGAUGACAUACAGUAUAGUUUUGUAUUGUAUACGGGACAUGGAGUACUGUCCCCUUUAUUUAGAAACAUGACAGAAGUGUUUGUCCUUCACUCUGUCUCCGAUGUCAUGUCCGUAACAAACCACUUAGACAAGGUGACUGAGAUUCCACAGGAAUAGUCUCCCUCUGGAUAUCUUAAUAUAUUUUCUCUCAGAUUACUCAUCACUGCAGUAGGUAGAGAGACAAACUGUAAAUGCUAAUGUGUCCUGUGACUUUAAUGUCUCUCGUUAUUAGGUAACAUUAGUGUUAUUCUGUAAACGUCGACUUAUUGUGAGAAACACCAGCUUUCCAGUUGAAGAGGCACAGAGUACAGUAGUAAAAUGUAAGUAAGGACAAGCAGUAGCGUUGUCCCUGGAAGCCAUAAAUUGAUUUCAAAGAUUUAUCUGAAUGAGGAUGUCAGAUGCAUUUUAUUGAGAGCUUGGACGAUUCAAUUAUGGUGUUAGACAUUUGCAAUAAUACACAAGAGAGGAUGCCGUACUGCCACACUCGUCUGUCUCGUUCCUCCAAUAGCAGCACACACAGUAACAAUAUUAUAGCAUGACUUAAAGUUUGUCAUACUGGUCUGUAAAGGUAAAAUACUUUAAAUUCCACAGUGCUGCUGCAGGGAAAUCUGCAUCUGCUUCUGAACAUGUGCUGUGUGUGAUCGUCAGAGUGCGAUUGGUCGAUGUACUGUUUGCUUAUGUCCGUCUUACUGUAUAUGUAGGAUGUUAUGCUCUAGUAGAAGUGCAGCAUUUUGUACAUAAGGAUCAGUUCAAUAGUCGUUUGAUUAUUGUAUUUAUCAGGCUUGUAUUGAUGUAAGAUAUGAGCUAGCGGACUGUUGUGGACACAACUUAAACCUUUUUGAAGGACAUUUUGUUUUAUCAAAUCUCAGGGUGCAAUUUGUGUAAAAUAAACGGGAAAAAAGGGAUAUUUUUUCGACCUGGGAUAUAUAAAGUAUAUAUGACUGAGUUAUACAUAGCUUACAAAUGUCUGUAACAUUAAAAUAUAGAGCAUGUGUAGCAUAGUUACAGGAUUUGCCACAUUAUGCUAGCCUUUAAUAAACAGCAAUUAUUACUGCUUGCCUCAGAAAGCCAGAUCUGACUUACAGUAUUUCAGUUGUUUUGCUUCUUAUCUGUGCAUUUUCUGCCUCUUUGUGUUUGCUUUUAUCUCAGUGAAUCAUUUGCACAUUUGUUUGAGAUUCACACGUCGUAGAUAUGCCUGUAUCUCGGCCAGAUCUCAAAGGCGUUGGAUUCCAAAAGGUUGUGACCGCGUCAGCUGCAGCUCGUCAUCUCCAGGGGCCAAAUUCAAGAAUUCACAGAGCUUUAUAUUUUGCUUGUCUUGGGAAAAUGCUUCAGAAGCUCUUUAGGUGCAAGUGCAAUUUUCUGUGUCCUACAUUUUUAUUAUUCUGCCAUUUGCUGGAAAUGUUUUUUUUUUUUGUUUUUUUUUCACUUAAGAUUUUAGGACGAAUCUGAAAUGUAUUUCAUAGUGUAAUUAUUAGGUCAAGAUUGUUGAAGUGAGUUGUUCACACACUUUUUGGAACCGAAAAGUCCUGUCCCUUUUUACAUGGCUAAUGUAAAAAAAAAAAAAAAAAGAACAUGAAAAUAGAGCCCAUUUAUCUUGAUAUCUUGUCACUGACUUUAUUUCAGUACUUAAAGGCACAAGGAAACAGAAGUGAGGGGGCAGAGCUUCAACAGGAGAGCUCAGCAUCUCUGACCAUGGUCUGGUUAUUUCAGCAUGACAGUUCCCUGGCAGCUUCAUGCUGCAUUUGUAACAAUUCUGAAAUUUCAAGAAAUUAUAACAUACAAAUUACAACCUCUUAUCAAAGACUGCGUUGUAGUCCUUCUGCCAGGGUUCUGAGUUUUUCAUUUCAUUUUAUUGCUGAAUCUAUAUUUGAUUAUGUGAUAAUAUCUUCAAGGUUAGAAAUCAUACAAAAAUAAGUUUGCUCAAGAAUUUUUUUGUUGAUCUCCACUGGUGAAUUACUAUUACUAUUUCUUUAGGCAUAGCUUUUGGAAAAUGGCACUUUAGAUGACUUUUGUUGGCCCAAAAUUAAUGUGUGGUUUCUGCUUGGUGGGAAAAAAAUGAAAUGAGAUGCCUUUGUGAUAACAGUGGAGGGAAAAUCAGACUGCUGAAAAAUCUUCAUCCCCCCCCGGCAUGCUGUCAGAUUUGUCAUUAAGCAUCAGAGUGUGAACAGUAGGCAUGCCUAAUGCUCUAGCUCCUGCAUUACUGUAUGAUUAGUCAAUUCCUUAUAUGUACAAGUGUGGUCUAUAGCUUUAAAAGUCUGUAUUUUUUGAUUGAACGCUUGUUUUGCAAAUUAAGUGAAGCACAGACAUUUCUGUUUACUUGCUUGAUUAUGAUUUUUUUUAAUCUCCAUGCAGAAGUACCAGAAUAAAGAGUGAUGAUUCUAUGAAUAAUAA